AAAUCUCUGAAAUCAAACCGUAAACAGCGUGCUUCCGGUCUCUGACCAAUCGCAGGGACUCCUUCCUCUGACGUCACGGGUCUUCCGUCAGUGCGGUUACAGUCAGCUGAUCUCCAGGUUGAGACGGACGGACAGACGAUGUUGUGUGUUGUGGUGUGUGUGUUGUUUCUCUCGGCUCUCGUCCUCGGCGGUCCGACCGACACUCAGCGACGCUCUGAUGUACGACGGCAGCAGCUAGACCCUGAAGUGCACAUGAACAUCUCGGAGAUCAUCUGGAGGUGGGGCUACCCGGCUGAGGAGCACCAGGUCCUGACGGAGGACGGCUACAUCCUGACGGUGAACCGGAUCCCUCAUGGACUGAAGCAGACUGCAGGUUCGAGGCCUGCCAUCUUGCUCCAACAUGGCCUCCUGGCGGCCGGGUCCAACUGGAUCACCAACCCGCCCAACUGCAGUCUGGGAUACGUGCUGGCCGACGCCGGAUACGAUGUCUGGAUGGGAAACAGCCGCGGAAACACCUGGUCCAGGAAACACCGAAGACUAAGCCCCCUGGAGGAAGAGUUCUGGAGGUUCAGCCAUGAUGAGAUGGCCCUGAAGGACCUUCCAGCGGUGGUGGACUACAUCCUGAAGGUGACGCAGCAGCAGCAGAUCUUCUAUAUCGGACAUUCGCAGGGAACCACCAUCGCAUUCAUAGCGUUCUCUACGCUGCCAGAACUGGCCAGUAAGAUCAAGCUGUUCUUGGGUUUGGCUCCCGUAGCAACUGUUGCCUUCACCAGCAGCCCCAUGACCAAACUGUCCUUCCUGCCUGACGCCCUUAUAUGGGACCUGUUUGGGAGGCGGGACUUCCUACCUCAGAGUCACAUGAUCGAGUGGUUUGCGGAACACGUGUGUGAGAAACACAGCGAGUUGUGUGGAAACCUGUUCUUCCUUCUCUGCGGCUUCGACGAGAAAAACCUCAACAUGACUCGGACUCCGGUCUACACGACCCACUGUCCAGCCGGGACCUCCGUCCAGAACAUGGUCCACUGGGCUCAGGCGGUUCAUGGAGGGAAACUGACAGCGUUUGACUUUGGACCUGCAGGGAACAUGGAACACUACAACCAGUCCGUCCCCCCCCAGUACCACGUCCAGGACAUGAAGGUUCCCACUGCCCUGUUCUCAGGGGGACAGGAUACGUUGGCGGACCCUAAAGACGUGGCACUCCUCCUCACCCAGGUGUCCAACCUGGUCUUCCAUCAGCACAUCAAACACUGGGAACAUCUGGACUUCAUCUGGGGGCUGGAUGCUCCUGAGCAGAUGUUUCCCUCCAUCCUGAAGCUGCUGCAGGAGCAUCGCUAGAGAUGGUGGAGGUGAUGGAGAUGAUGGAGGUGAUGGAGGUGGUGGAGGUGAUGGAGGUGAUGGAGAUGGUGGAGGUGAUGGAGGUGGUGGAGGUGAUGGAGGUGAUGGAGGUGCUGAUUAGGACCAGCAGCUCCUGUUGAAUUUUAUCCUGUAGAAGAACCAGCAGACUGAGUUUUAAACCCUCUAACAGUUAAAAUCAAUGUCAGAUUAAAACAUCUUUAAACCGUGGAUCAGGAACAUCCACUUGUUUUAGAGGAAAACAGAACUUUUUAGAAAAACCUCAAAUCGCUCCAGAUGAACGCAGUACCAGCAAAGUAAUGAAGUACAUUUACUCCAGUACUGUAGCUCUCCCCAGUAGUUUCUCCAGGUCGUACUAUGACUACUACUGGUACUACUACUACUACUAGUACUUCUACUACUAGUACUACUACUGGUACUACUACUACUACUUUCUCCUCCUGAUCCAAAACUUUUAUUAGAAAACUUUUAAUGAUGCAGAUUUAAUCCAACAGAUGAUUAACAAACUUUGAAAAUACAAAUCCAGACUAAAGCUGUGAUUUCUGAUCUUAGUGUCUUCUCAAGCUUAUUUUAAAUCUUUUUGUGGUUGUUUUAGUCUCUUUGAGGUUAUUUUAGUCUCUUUGAGGUUGUUUUUUUGUCUCUUUGAGGUUGUUUUGAGUCCCUUUGAGGUUGUUUUGUGUCUCUUUGAGAUUGUUUUGUGUCUCUUUGAGGUUAUUUUUAGUCUCUUUGAGGUUGUUUUGUGUCUCUUUGAGGUUGUUUUGUCUUUUUGAGGUUGUUUUUAGUGUCUUUGAGGUUGUUUGUGUGUCUUUGAGGUUGUUUUGUCUCUUUGAGGUUGUUUUGAGUCUCUUUGAGACUUUUAAAUUCCAGACACACAGCUACAGAUUAAAUUGGCGGGUUCCAACCUUUGUUGAAAAUAUCCUGAACAACUGAACCUGAUUUAAAAACAUCCAAAAAGCGAAAAAUCAAGAAAAGCGUCCAAAAAGCCAAACGAUGAAUGAAAUGUCGAAAUGAAAUUAAAUGGGAAAUGAAAUGUCCCAAAGUACGACUGAGAUCUGCAGGAUGCUGGAACAGGUAAAUAUCCAGGUGUCUUAAGGUGAACGGCGUUUUAUUGAGGAGGGAAGUUUUGAAGUUGCUAAAUGCAGACGAGGAAUUUCUGUUUACUGACAAACCAAACAUGAGCUGGAUUCAUGUGUUCAGCUUCCUGUUUUACAGUGUAGCUGGUUUUAAUCACAUUCCUGUUUGUUCCUUCAUGUACCGAGCAUCUGCACAUACAUGUACAUUUACUCAUUUAAUACGUGCCUUCAGAAUAAAACCAGCUGCAAAAAUUACAUUAAACUCUGUGAAAGAAACUGAAAGAAACUCUAGAAAUAAAUCCAGAUUCCUGAGCCUGGAGCAGUGUUUGAUGAUAUUAAAUCCGUCGCUUCCUGAUCAGCUGCUGAAUGAACCUUGUUUUUGUUCUGAAUUCUGUGAAAUGUGACUUCAGCUGCUUUUAUUCUGUCAACACUUUUACAAACUGUUGCUUCCUGUGUGAAACCUCUCACAUUAAAACUACAGUUUGCUUUCAA